CGUUUGUUACGAUUUAACAGUUAAAUCUCUGGUUAAAUACUCAUGUGUCACAUUUAUAUAUUCCUACCUAUUAAAUAAACUUUAUUAAAUAUUUUCAAUUGAAAUGCAGUGGCAGAGUAAAAAUGUACCUCAAGGGGGUAUUUUACAACCGCCCAGAGCUAGCUAUAGUCCAGAAACACACAACUUUCUUAAAGUUUUGAUGGAAGAAAGUAGAAUGUCAGCGAUGCAAAGACGAAAGGUAGACUAUAUAUUACGGAAUGGGGAACCCUUGCCACCUUUACAAAGAAAAAUGUCGCGGCCAAAAAACAACAUACCAGAGGUUACUAUACGACCAGGCUCUUCCAAAAGGAGAUCCAGAGAAGCUAUUCUUUUAUCUGGGGCAUACGAGAAAGACAUAUUUAGGCCAAUUAAACCAGGUAUGGACAGAGAACGAGAAAUUGAAAAACUGGCAAACAAAAUGGCUUAUAGAGAAGACGUACAUGUUACAAAAUCAAAAGUAUUAAAGAAAUUAGAAAAAGAAAAGGUCGAGCUUGCUGCAAAUCGAUUUGAUCAACUGGUGCAAGAAAUCAAGGAAAGAGAAGAAUGGUUGAAAGAAAUGGAUGAGCUGGGCGAAGGUAACAAAUAUAAAUUGAUCAUUGAACAGCAGAUUCAGAAUAAAGUUCGGGAAAUGGAUAGAUUAAAAUUAUCUGCUUUGGACUAAUAUUGCCAUCGUAACUUUUAUGAUUUUAUAUCUAAAUAUAUUAUGAAAA